UGGCCAGGCUUGCUAUAAAUGCGGUCACUUGAAUUGACCCUUGAUUGCAGACUUUUUUGUGUUUCUGUUUCUCAUUGAAACUAUACGCUAUUUUCCUCAUCUGCUCUGUGCUUCUCUGCUUUCUCCAACCACAUUCUACAAGUUUUCCGGUGACUCUCGCCGGAUUAUUGGCCGGAAUCUUACCGGCAAAUUGAGAGCAACUCAAAGUGAUUAUUGGGUUUGGAAAGAUUAAGCGUAAAGUUGCAUUCUUCGAAAUCUUUGGAAAGCUUUAGUUGGAAAUUUUCUAUUUUUGCUUUCUGGGUUUUGAUGAGUAUUGGUGGAGGGUCAUAGGUGACAAGUUUUGGGUGGUUCGAAGUAAAUAUCUGAGAGUUGGUCUAUUGAUUAUUUUAGUGCCAACUUUGUCAGAAUCAAAGAAAGUUUAAAUCUUUUUGUUAUUUCGAGGCGUUUCGAGUAUGUUAUUAACUCUUGGAGGACCACCUUGUCUUGUGCAUAGAUAGCAUUGGAGCGUCACCAUCACCUUUUAUCUAUCAAAGAUUGUGUUGAAUUGCAGUAAGUCUGGUGUUUGAAGAGUUCAGUUUUCUGAUGGUCUGUAGUUGAUGAAGGUGUUUUGAUCUGUUACAAAUUACAAUGUGCAAAGCAGAGGACUUUGAGAGAUGUGAUUAUAGAUCAGAGGGGAAGAUGGGAUUUAAGUUCUUGGGUAGAGUUAAAAAAUUGAAGAGUUCGAUAUUGAAGACGAACGCAUGGUUGUUUAUCAUUCGGGCGAUUGUUACAGCUUUGGUGUGGGCUUCUGCAGUUCAGCUGGUUGGAAUAUGGUUGAUAAGGGGGCCAAGUUUGUUCAAGGUUUGCCCUCCCUGCCCUCAAUUAGAGUUGCCUGCGCAUGCUGAAUUGGCUAAGCUUCCAAUCCCAAUUUCUCUCCCACCAAAGAGGGUUUACAAGAAUAAUGGUUAUCUCAUGGUUUCUUGCAAUGGAGGACUGAAUCAAAUGCGAGCCGCCAUCUGUGAUAUGGUUGCUAUUGCCAGAUACUUAAAUGUGACUCUUAUUGUUCCAGAGCUGGAUAAAAACUCUUUUUGGGCGGCAAGUGAGUUUCAAGACAUCUUUGAUGUUGAUCAUUUCAUUGCAUCCUUGAGAGAUGAAGUUCGGAUAUUAAAGGAACUGCCGCCACGGGUCAGGAAAAGAGCUGUAUACUCGUUGCCACCUAUUAGUUGGUCCAACAUUUCCUACUACUUUCAUCAGAUCCUACCUCUGGUGCAGAAGUAUAAAGUAGUACAUUUGAAUAAAACCGAUGCUCGGUUAGCUAAUAAUGGGCUCCCUCUUGAGGUUCAGAAGUUGCGCUGCCGAGUUAAUUUCCAUGCUCUGAGAUUCACUUCCCAGAUAGAGGAAAUUGGCAGAAAGCUUGUCAGAAUUUUGAGAGAAAAAGGCCCUUUUCUGGCCCUUCAUCUCAGAUAUGAAAUGGAUAUGUUGGCAUUCUCUGGCUGUAGUCAUGGUUGCAACAAUGAUGAGGAAGAAGAACUCACAAGAAUGAGAUAUGCUAACCCCUUGUGGAAGAUAAAAGACAUAAAUUCGGAAAUGAAAAGGCUAGAAGGUUUGUGCCCGCUAACACCAGAGGAAACUGCUCUAGUUUUGGUUGCACUUGGUAUUGAUCACAAUGUCCAAAUUUAUAUUGCUGCUGGAGAAAUAUAUGGUGGAAACAGAAGGAUGGAAAGUUUGAAAUCUGCUUUUCCUAACUUGGUCAGAAAAGAGACUCUGCUGGAGCCUUCGGACUUGAGGCUUUUCCCAAACCACUCUUCUCAAAGGGCAGCAUUGGACUAUCUUGUCUCCCUAGAGAGUGAUAUAUUUAUUCCUACAUACGAUGGAAAUAUGGCUAAAGUUGUUGAAGGCCAUCGGAGAUUCUUAGGUUUCAAAAAGACUGUUUUAUUGGACAGAAAACUUCUGAUUGGUUCAAUAGAACAAUUCAGUAGUGGAUCAUUGAGCUGGGAUGAGUUCUCUUCUAUUGUGAAGGAAGCUCAUGCUGAUCGGAUGGGGAGCCCGAAGAAACGAGUUUCUAUUGCAGAUAAACCAAAGGAAGAAGAUUAUUUCUACUCAAAUCCGCAUGAAUGUUUACAACUGUUAGAUGAGCCACUGAGAAGCACAUGAUCUUGUCAUGCCAAAUACAUGGUUUUUUUUCUUUUUCAACUUAUGCAAUGCGCCAUUGAGAAUUUAUACAAGCAGUAAUUAGGGGCUACUUUAUGCUGUGGUCUUAAGUUAAUACAGCAAAGGAUAGUGUCAUGUACAGAGAAUUGGGUUGGGGUUGAUCUUGGAGCCUCUGCUUGGAUGCUCUUCAGAAAGCAUUUGGGAGUUUAUAGAAUUUUCAUUAAUAAAUCAGAUUUUAUGGGGUGAAA